AUGUCACAAAAGGUGGGGUUUGGAGCCCAUAGCAAUGUAUACAAAGACGAAGGAGGUCGAUUUGUCGUCAAAUGGGCCCUUCCUGACAGUGUCCGCCAGCUUCGCAAAGAGAACACUGUUUAUCUUCGGCUUCAAGGCACCCCUGGGAUCUUGAAACACUAUUCCUACGGUGAACACUCUGGUACAGCGUAUCUCACUCUAGAGUAUGCCGGAGGCUCCCUGUUGAGCAUGCUGGAUAUGGCUGUCCGGGGGAUAGGGUGCUUUGAUUGCUUGGACCUGGCGUUCACCAUCGCCAGUACUCUUCCCAUCCUUGUAUCCAUCCAUAUGCAAGGGGUUAUUCAUGGGGAUAUCCAUCCUGGCAACAUCCUUGUGUUGAGCUCUGGCAUCAAGUUAAUCGACUUUGGCUCUUCACGAUUUUCCAGGGAUUCCCCCAAUGCCUCCUUCAACUAUGCGGAUACCUAUGGGUAUUCCCCCUACUACUCAGGUGUAGAGCGCAUUGCGCAUGGCCUUCCAACCUUUCAGGACGAUGUUGUCAGUUUCGCUUACACUUUGGUCCAUGUGGCUGAUGGGGGCUGUAUGCCAUGGGACAACGACUUCGCAGAGGUCAUGGGCUCAGACCCCAGCCCGCAACUGAUGGCAGUACAACUUAUUGUCUUGAAGAACAGUUUCUCCGCCCAGCAACUAUGCAAAGGGCUUCCUAAUGUAUUUGAAUCUUUUCUCACCGCAGCUUUGACCUUUCAGAAGGUUCGUUGGAGGUCCUUCAACUACAAUUACUGGAGGGAACAAUUCAACAUCACGCCUUAUUCCGAAGUACAUCCUCCUUCCAAAAGAUACCGAUUUUUGAAGGGCUUGACAGAAUGA